ACAGCAGUAGAGUAAUGAUGGCGUCCUCAGCGGCUCGCUGCUCCACACGUUGGAUAACAGUUGCCGUGUCCUCCGGUCACCGUCCUGCUUGUUGUGCUCUGGCCCCUUCUUCUAAUGGAGGCUUAAGAAGUCUGUCGACUGUUGGAGCACAGAAAAUCUGGUCAGGAAGCAAUGCAAUGCGUGGGGGCACGGGGAAUGCGUUGACAUUGAGAGGGCUGUCAGUUCCAGGUGUUAAAUCUCCCCAUGUCAUCUGCACACUGUCCUUCCACACAAGUGCCCCAGCAUCCAACAAACAGGACUUCUACACGGUGUUGGAGGUACCACGCACUGCCACCCAGAAAGAGAUCAAGAAAGCGUAUUACCAGAUGGCUAAGAAGUAUCACCCUGACACCAACAAGGAAGACCCUAAGGCCAAGGAGAAAUUUGCUCAGCUGGCUGAGGCUUAUGAGGUGCUGAGUGACGAGGUGAAGAGGAAGCAGUAUGACACGUAUGGGGUGGCAGGGUUCGACGCCAGCCAGGCGGGUGGUGGUGGUGGACACCAGCAGUACUGGAGCGGACAGGCCAACAGCGUGGACCCAGAGGAACUGUUCCGCAAGAUCUUUGGGGAGUUCUCCGGAAGCCGCGGCUUCGGCGACUUCAAUGCCGUAUUUGAUCAGCCCCAGGAGUUUAUCAUGGAGCUGACGUUCACCCAAGCUGCCAAGGGGGUCAACAAAGAGAUGGCGUUCAACACUGAGGCCAGCUGCCAGCGAUGUGAUGGCAAAGGGAGCGAGCCUGGCACCAAGGUUGUGCACUGCCACUACUGCAACGGCUCUGGCAUGGAGACGGUGAACACUGGCCCCUUUGUGAUGCGGUCGACAUGCCGUCGGUGUAAUGGGAAAGGCACUGUGAUCUCCACCCCAUGUAACUCCUGUCAUGGGACCGGACAGACCAGACAGAAAAAGACAGUAAUGGUCCCUGUCCCAGCAGGUGUUGAGGACGGUCAGACGGUCAGGAUGCCUGUGGGGAAGAAGGAGGUGUUCAUCACGUUCCGGGUCCAGAAGAGCCCAGUGUUCAGACGGGACGGAGCAGACAUCCACUCUGACGUGCUGAUCUCUGUGGCUCAGGCUGUACUGGGGGGCACGGCCCGGGCACAGGGCCUCUACGAGACAGUCAACCUCUCGAUCCCUGCUGGGGUCCAGACAGACCAGAGGAUCCUCCUCUCUGGGAAGGGCAUCGCACGGAUCAGUGGCUAUGGUUACGGAGAUCACUACAUCCACGUCAAAGUCCGAGUCCCCAAGAUCCUGACAGACAGACAGAAAGCUCUGCUCAAGAGCUACGCAGAGGAUGAGACUGAAGUGGAGGGGACAGUCAAUGGUGUCACAAGCACCACUGCAGGUGGGGGCAGCAGUGGUAAGCAGUCUGAGGCAGGGCAGGACAGGCAAGAGGAGGUAGGAGAGAGCAAGCAGGAGCAGGGCUUCUUCACCAAGUUAAAACAAUUGUUUAGCUCCACCUGACAGUUACAAACCAGGUAAAAGGUCCACUGGGAACUGAGGCGAGUGUCCGAGGGUAGAGAGAUGAUGCCCUAAGAAGACAGCCACAAGGAGAGACCAGAUAUGGGGACAGGGGGUGGGGGAGUGUUGGAGGGAUGAUGUCUACUGUAUCCUACUCUAGCACAGGACAAGACUGGUUACCCCAGAUCUACCUUCACAGAUCUCCUUUCAUCCUUGAUCAGUUCCCUAGCAGUGGAAGACAAUGGACUGAAACAGACUCAAACACCAGACAAGACUGGUUACCCCAGAUCUACCUUCACAGAUCUCCUUUCAUUCUUGAUCAGUUCCCUAGCAGUGGAAGACAAUGGACUGAAACACAAUGUGGUCCUAACUCAUUCCUGCUGCCUAAAACCCAAAUCCAAGAGGAAAUACGCUCUGGAAGUACCAGGAAGUGACUGCCCCUUAGGCUUGUAGUUUUUUGGAUGGUGUUCAAUGUGCAAAAAUGUUGCGCAAUGGUCUUCAAGUGCAAACAUAUCAUAAAAGGCAUCGGGUGGAAGUAAAUUCAUCCCCAAAUGCAAAUAUAAUUAUACAUCUUAAAUGACCCCAUGUUCAAAAGAUAAGGGUACGUGAUCCGGAAGUAAAGCGAACGUGGCGGCAACUUUAACAGGGUAUUCCAUAGAUUUUCCAAAUGUUCCUGUCCAUCAGAUUCCUAACCGUGUGAUAGCAGCGCAGUCAAACAGUCACUCAUAAAGUAUGGUCUGUCUGCUGUCUGAGGAAUGUACUGUUGCCAGUGAUAGCCAAAAAACCCAUGGAUAUACAAAACAUUAGGGACACCUCCAUAAUAUUGAGUUGCACCCCCUUUUUCCCUCAGAACAUCUUCAAUUCAUCAGGGAAUGGACUGCAAUGUGUCAUGCAUUCCACAGGAAUGCUGGCCCAUGUUGACUCCAAUGCUUCCCACAGUGGUGUCAAGUUGGCUAGAUGUCCUUUGGGUGGUGGACCAUUCUCGUUACACACAGGAACCUGUUGUGUGGAAAAACCCAGCAACACUGCAUUUUUUGACACUCAAACUGGUGUGCCUGGUACAUACUAUCAUACCCUGUUCAAAGGCACUUCAAUCUUUUGUCUUG